AAUGCGGGCGACCAAUCGCGGGACCCACCGCGCGCGCCCUGGUUGCCCCGGGAAACCUAACAGCAGGCUGCAGCGGUCCUCAGACCUGAGACUGCGGGUCGAGCAUGGACAGCCACUACGAGGAAACCGAGGAUACCGAGGGCGAAGAAGAAGGAGCUGAAGAAGCCCUGACCAGGCAGUCGUCCGAGAGCAAGGUCGUCUCCGAACCUCAGACCCAGGCCGAGCCUGCGGAGGCAGAGCCGGAGCAGGAGUCGGAGUCAGAGCCGCCAGAGCCUGAGGCGGAGACCCAACCGGUGGAGGACGACCCCAAAGCAGAGGCUUCGGAGGGGAGUGAUUACGCGCAUGUCGAGGUCCAGGAAAGUCUGGAGGCCGCUAAGACUGAGGGCGAGACAGCAGAGGCCGCGAGCGAGCUCGAGUCCCGGGAGCCUGAGAGUCUGCCAGAGCCGCAUCCCGAGACCGAGCGGGAGUUCCAGGAGCUGGAGGAGGACGAGGACGAGGACGAGGACGAAGACGACGAUGAAGACGAAGACAAGGAACCCGACCGGCCGGAGAAGAAGGACAAGGUGAAGAGGGUGAAGAGCAAGGAGUCCCGGUUCCGGCCCCUACUGCCGCUGACCACGAUCGACGAGGAGGCAGCUGCUCCAGCCCCAGCGACUGAGAAAGAGAAAGAGGAGGAGAAGGAGUCAGAGAAGGAGUCAGAGAAGAAGCGAGGUAGCGAGGAGAUCGAGGUGACAGGUGAAGGACGCAAGAAAAGCACAGAAGAGCAUCUUCACCCUGCAGAGGAGGAAGAGCAAGAGAAGGAAGACCUCGAGGACUUUGAGUGGUCUGCAGAUGUUCGGAAGCUGCAAGAACAGCAGCUGCGCGGUGAGCUAGUGGACCAGUACCACACACUGCUGGUGGAGCGGAACCGGUACCAGCGCUACAAUGUGUACCUACAGCAGAAGAUCUCCGAGACGUUACGCAAGAAGGGCCUGGAAGCAGCUGAACCUGCGGACAAGAGUGCGGAAAAGGAUUCUCCCGAGAAAGAGCAAGCAUACUUGCGUUAUCUGGCCAUGCUGGAGGAGCUGAAAAAACAGGAGGCGGACGACCUAGAGUGGUACCGCGAGGAGGUGCGUGAGAUGAAGCAUCAGUGCCAGGAGAAGCAGGCCAGGGUGGAGAAAGAGUGGCGUCGCUUCCAGGCCCUCAAGAAGCAGGUGGUGAUGCAGGUAAUGGGCAGCUGCCGCAUGCGCGGUGGGCGCCAAGCAGCUCUGAGGGAGGUGGAACAGAUCCAGGCGCUGGAGGAUAAAAAGGAGAAGGAGAUGAGCGUGUUGCGUCUCGAGAACGUGCAGCUGAAGCAGAGCCUGGUACACUUUGAAACCAGGAUGAAGGCCCAGGAGGACUUGGCUGAGGGGCUGCUCCUCAUCGACUUUGAACAGCUCAAAAUUGAAAACCAGACCUUCAACGAGAAAGUCGAAGAAAGAAAUGAGGAACUUCUAAAACUGCGCACUAAGGUGACCAGCAACGUGCAGAUUAUAACCCACGUGAAGGAAAAGCUGUCUUUCAUAGACAUGGAGAACUCAUGCAAAAAGGCACAACUUUUGGAAAUCGAGGCCCAGGUGGCCCUGGGAAGAGACCUAUUGACAAAGACAAAGCAAGCCCGAGACAGCUUUCGAAUUGACAACAUCAAACUGAAUCAGAAAUGUGGGCUUCUGGGUAAGGAAUCACUCCUCCGAGACCUAGAAGAAAAGGUGGAUAAGACAGAAUUUCUUAACCAGCGUCUGGAAUCCCUGAAGCGCCAUCACGCAGGGCUCACUUUGUCCUGCAAAGGGGUGAAGCAAAAGAUCAGGGAAGCCAAAACGUUCCUCCCCUCUUGACAUUCCUUGACAGGACAUUUGACAAAACCUCCAAAACUCUAGGAACUUUACACCCCACUCUCUUCUGCCCUCCCACUGUCAUUCUAUGUGACUUGGGAUGCAACUUUAUUUUUGUCAUUUCCAGCUUCCAAAUUCCUCCUGAGAGCAUCAGUUAGUAGUUCUACAUGAGGUUAAGUAAAAUAUAUCGAGAGGGGGAGUUUUAAACCAACUAAUGAUGAACAGCCUUCCUAGUCAAGCAGUCCCAUAGUCUAGAAGAGUGUUAAAACUGUUCCUUGUCUAUAUGUAAGGAUGGUUUAAAGGUUUAACCAGUAGCUAAGGUACAGAAAAAUCCCUGAUCACCUUUGUACUGAUUAAACUGUAUAGUCUUGAA